UUUAUCGUCGUACGCCAUUUUUCUGAUGAUCCUAACCUUAGAAAAUAAUCUGGACAAGUCAGGGUCUAUGAAAGAUCCUCUAGAUUUGAUCUUAAAAAUUGCAAUCGUUGUUUACGUAUUUUCGUUUAUAAUUCGCACGGUAAAAUUGGCUUUAGUCCAAGGACCCAAAAGAUAUUUCAGCAUGUUGUGGAAUAUUUACGAUUGCUUGCAACUAAGCAUAAUGGCCACGACGAUCACCUGCUGGUGGAUAACCUAUUUAAAUUUGCAAGCCAAAGACGAUGGUCUUGCGAUGGAACGCAAAUAUUGGCAGCCCUUGGAUAUGAGAUUGGUUGCCGAAGGGUUGCUUGCUGUAGCCACUGUUAUGUCAUACUUACGACUGUUGUUCUUGUGCCAGCUUAGUUACGCCCUGGGUCCUAUGCAAGUGUCACUGGGCAAAAUGACCACUGACUUUGCUCGAUUCGCAAUACUGUUUGGCAUCAUCGUUUUGGCUUUCACUGCCGGCCUGUGCAGGUUUUAUCAGUACUACAGUGGAAUGACGAAAAUCGAUCCGGUCACCGGCUAUGAAAUCACGCAAGAAGACUCGUUCAUUGACAUUUUUUCUACCUUGAAAACCCUAUUUUGGGGCAUAUUUUGUAUGACGUCAUCCACCGCCGGAUCGGUGGUGAUCGAAACAUCAAUGAGCGACGACAUGAAUGAGGAGUUUGUGGCUAGCAAUCAUUAUUUCACCCAAGCCAUUGGCACACUUUUAUUUUCGUUAUUCGAAAUCAUUUCUGUCAUUGUUAUGUUAAACAUGUUAAUAGCUACAAUGACCAAUACUUUUCAGAGGGUAACCGGAAACUCGUACAUAGAAUGGGUGUUCGGUAGAACGCAAGUAUUCUUGUCGUUUUCUAUGCACACUGAACUACCACUACCCCUGAAUUUUAUACCUACACUUCACUGUGGUAUAGACAUGUUCGGAUGUUUACGAAAUUGUUGUAAGGCCGGUGCAACCGGUGUUGCCAAUUUGAUAUCGUCUAAAGAAUACCAAACGAAAUCAAAUUCCGAAGAUGAAAGCUAUAGAGUAUUAAUGACUAAACUCAUCAGAAGAUAUUUUCGGGAUAAACUGUCUAGUGGUUAUGUUCAAAAAUGCAACCCUAUUUGUUGCUAA